AUACUCGUCCCCAUGAUGUGCAAUGUUCCUGGAGCCGACACCACAACUGUGGUGCGAUAUUCGUGAACCGUUAGAGUGGAGUCGAAAUAUCUGAAGUUUUAAUUUUUGAACACAUCUUAAACCACCUGGAUUUAGAUGUUAAAUGGUGUGCAUUUUGAAGCGUAAUUUUGUAACAACUCAAGCGUGCAAAUAUGAAAUAACUAUCCUUGAAAAACGCCAGUGCAUUUCAGCAUGAUAAUCAGUCGCGCGUUAACGUCACGUCGUAACGAUUGCGGAUUUCAAGACAUUUAAAAAAUUUCACUUAUGGUGUGACGUAUUUUCCUUUCUUUAAGUACUCCCUUCAAGAUUCUUGAGCGUAAGCUUCUUCUCUCCAACCUUUUUAUUUAAACCUCUGUUCAGUGUGUUCAUAACUCUCAAAUAAAUAAAGCAAUGGUUUAACUGUGCGAGAGAGAGAGAAAAAGAAACUUGGUUUUGCUUCAUUCUUUACAGAUAUUGUGAAAAUCACUCUAUUCUGUCACGAGUCAAUUAUUUAGUCAAAAGAUAAUCAGACUCUUUAAUUGAUAGUAGUUUAAAGUCCAUAUACUCAAAACUUUGAAACCAUUAUUAAAUCCAACGGAUACAGAUGCUUUAGAAGGAUUUUACUGUAAAGUUUUCUCCAGAAUGUGUCUUUUAAUUUGUCGUUUUCUAAUGAUUUUUCGUUAUUUAAAAUGUGCAACCCACGAAGAUGACUUUGAACGUGCGCAAGUUAGAUCUGCUCAGUUCUUACGUAUUGUUUGGAAUUUGCAUAAUUGUUUUUACAGUUUGCAAUAUCGAUUCAUCAACAAGCGAAGCGCCGGCGCCGGUUCAGAAAAGCAAAAAUAUUUUUAGGAGCGGAGAAAUCGUUAAAAAUGACGAAGGUGCUGACGAGACAAGGAAAGCUUAAACAAGUCGAACGAAACGGUGCGGUGAUGUCGCACGAUUUAGAUGAUAGUGUUUACAAAAAUGGGUCACUGAAAGAAGGUAAAACUGAAGAGGUCCACCGCUACUCCAUGUUAUUACGUGAAGAUCAAAUCCCACAAGCUUUCCGCACCGAGUUUCUUACGACAAGAUACCGGCCGCGUAACCUGACCGCUCUCGAUAGCGUGAAGAGUGUUUUCUACGCCAACAACGAGACAGUAAAUUUCUGGAGCCAUGUUCUCUCCGCCGUGAUACUCAUUGCCCGCUACUGCUCAGUGGUGUGGAACCAUAAUCCUUUCACUGAUCAUUUUUAUUUUCCACUGGUGUCGUACACUCUCGGCUGCUGCAUUAUGUACACGAUGAGUUGUGUGGCCCAUAUGUUCAGCUCUAUGACCGAGCUACAAAACCACAUCGGGUACUACCUGGAUUACGCUGCUAUCAGCGUAUACACAUUUACCAAUGGUCAAGCCUUCUAUUUUUACAGCCAUCCGCUGGGAUCUGGGCUCCUUUUGUUCGACUGGCGGGAGUUGUUCCUAUUCGUUUCAGCCCUGAUUUCGUUCAGUGCCACUUUCAACUGUUGCAAGUCUCGUCAUCAGUGGUUCGAUCUCCGUUUCAUCGUCCGCACCGGUUUCUACAUCCUAUCCUGGUUGCACAACUGUUCACCGUACUUCGUUCGUCUGUUCUUGUGCUCUUCUGAUCCUGCAUGCAAUCCCGAUUCUCUUGGUCUCUUCGUAGGGUGUCUUAUCUCGUUCGCCGCCGCUGCCUUAAUGAAUAUGACCCGAAUACCUGAACGGUUCGUUCCCGGGUUCUUCGAUUUUAUCGGGCAAAGUCACAACUUUCUUCAUGUGCUUACCACUACCGGUGACCAUUUUGCAUUCUCCGUUCUCCUUUCGGAUCUCUCAGCCAGAAAAGAAUUCCUCAGCACGGAACAUACACCGAGUUUUUUCGAGACGAUCGGUUUGACUCUUUUAGUUCUGGUUGGGAAUCUCGCUAUCGUACUCUGGUUUGCUAGGUCUUUAAUUUCGAAUUCAUCCGGUAAAAUUGGACAUGAUAAAUCUACUUAAACUGAACUUUUAAAUUUCUGCGAAGGAAGGCGAGAAGUUCGCCUAUGUUGCAAAUACUGUAAUUUGAUCGAAGUGGAUGUUUCCUCCAAAAGUAAAAUUUAUUUUAAGUUUGCCAUUGUUUUUCUAAAGAGGAAAGCGUGAAAAUUGUAAAGAAGAACAAGCGGUUUGCUUUCUACUGUUGAGAUACAUAUAGCAUGAAUUUAUUUGAAUAUUUUUUGUUAUUUUAAGUACGGAUGUUUUAUAUCACCGAGGCAAGUUGUCCUCUUCAGAGAAAUGUCCGAAACUUUUUCUUCCAAUUAGGACUUGAUCUUUUAAUGAGGUUUUCUAUAUAUAUUCUUAAUUAGAAAGGUAUUUGAAUUAAUUUUUUGCAGAUAUCAAUGGCCUAUUAACACUUCAGUGUUCCACGCUAUUCUUGUGCUGAUCAUUGUAAUGUAAUGUCCAUGAAAAUUGCAUGGAAAUGAACUUUUUACAGACAUAGUACCUUUGUUCUACUUGUAAAUUGAUUUCAUGAUUGUUUUUACUCGCAAAAUGUUUUUACCAUUGUAGUUAAAACAAAUUUUGAGACAGCUUUGGUCAUCGUACUCGAACUGUUAUCAGAAUAACUGCUUUUAAGUGGCGCACAUUCAAUUCUCGUUUCAGCAGCUCUCUUUAAAUGAACGGCCCUCCAAUAAAAAAUUAGAAACAAUUGAAAAAAGCGCUCUCUUCCGUCCCUUUGUUGUAAGGACGAGUUACAAAACCUUUAAGAACAAUGUUUUAUUAUGAGAGAGGAUUAGAUUUCGGCGUUGAUUCUUUGACUGGUUUAUCACACUCGUCUAUCCUUUCUUCCAAUAACUGAUAAUAGCUUCUAACUAAAGCAUUUCAAUAAAGGAAACCAUUUCCUUUUCUUCUA